AUGGAAAACCAAACAUUACUGAACCUGACGCAUACCUUGGUAAACAUUACGGAUCUCAACAACACAAAUUCUGGAAUCGUUGACGACUACAACAAUUACGAAGAUGGAGGAGGUGCAUAUAGUUACGAAACUUAUGAAUAUUAUGCAGAUUUUUAUGUGAAGAAAUACGAGUAUAUUGGUAAAUGGGAAAUCACCAUCCGGGGGUACGUUACAUUUUUCAUAGCGCUUGCCACCAUUCUCUCUAACAUAGUCUUAGUUUCUGUGCUCGUCUUCAGAAGCUCGCGAACAUUCACCACGAUUGUAUUGACGUCACUAGCUAUCACCGAUUCCAUCAUAUGCCUCACACGUUUGCCUGAAGCAGUGUAUUUCAAUAUGGCGGGAAACUACAAGAAUCUUUACAUCACCUACCCAUGGUGCAUUGCAACGCAUGUCUUGUAUGUGAUAUACCAAGUUUUUAGGAUGAUGUCUAACUGGCUCACUGCUUUACUUGGCGUUCAACGACUUGUAGCCAUAGCUCUGCCUUUCAAACACGGCAAACUGUUCAAUUCUCGGGCAAGCUGUGUUGAAAUCGCUGUCAUUGUUGGUGUUUCCGUGAUGCUCAAUCUUUAUGAAGCUCUAGGAAUCUACAUUUCAGAGCUUCCGAUAUAUAAAACCUGGUACUACAACGAAACACUCCCCUCGAGUUGUACAAGAGACUUUUCACAAUGGUCAGCUAGUGCCUUCGGAGAUCCAACGAAAUCCAAUACUUUAUUUUUCAUAUUUUCUGGCCUUUUGUACCGGGUGCUUCCAGUUUUGAUCCUUAUCUUUACCACAGUCAUGCUCGUCUACUUUUUGUACAAAAGACAAAAAAUGAGAGCCUUGAAUACUCAGCGAAAAAAGCAGAUUCAAAGAAUGACAAUCCUCAUCUUCCUUAUUCUUGUCGUCUUUUUAAUUGCCGAAACACAAGAUGGAAUCGCACAUUUCAUCUAUGCAGCUGAGCUUUCACAGGACAAAAAGAGACAGAAUCUGUCCAAAGAGGACGAUAUUAUGUGGGAUACGAUUUCAUCAAUGCUUUCUCUGAUUAGCUACGCAUGCAACGUUUGGAUUUUCUUCUUAAUGAGUCAGCAAUUUCGUUCUGCACUCCUGGACAUUUUCAAGUCUGGGUUUCGAAGAGUCCAUUUCUACUUUCAUUUGGGUGAAAUUGAGGAGGAAAGCGUUUCAAAUACUCCAACCACGAAUUUAAGAAUCAAAAACGAGAACAGUACAUUCGUAUGA